UGCGGGCAAGGCUUCCCCGGUCCACGGCGGCUUCCACACCCGCGGGGGAACAGCAUCCACUGCCGCGGAGCCGCCGAUGCGCGUCCACUGACCCGGACGGCCGAGCCUGCGCGCGCAGCGGGGCGGCGGCAGACGCCCCGGCCACCGUGACCCCAAUUUUGGAUUUACCGCUCGGGGGGUGGGGGGAGCCUGGAUUUAACUGGCGACUGCUCUGGGGGACGCCGGACGCCAUGUUGUGGAAAAUAACCGAUAAUGUCAAGUACGAAGAGGACUGCGAGGAUCGCCACGACGCGGGCAGCAAUGGGACCCCGCGCAUCCCCCACCUCUCCUCCGCCGGGCAGCAUCUCUACAGCCCCGCGCCGCCGCUCUCCCACACCGGGGUCACCGAAUACCAGCCGCCGCCCUACUUCCCGCCUCCUUACCAGCAGCUGGCUUACUCGCAGUCGGCCGACCCCUACUCGCAUCUGGGAGAAGCCUACGCCGCCGCCAUCAACCCCCUGCACCAGCCGGCGCCCGCCGGCAGCCAGCAGCAGGCCUGGCCCGGCCGCCAGGGCCAGGAGGGCGCCGGCCUGGCCGCGCACCACGGGCGCCCGGCCGGCCUGCUCCCGCACCUCUCGGGGCUGGACGGGGGUGCCGUCGGCGCGCGCAGAGAUGCCUUCCGCCGCUCCGACCUGCUGCUGCCCCACGCGCACGCCCUGGACGCCGCGGGCCUGGCCGAGAACCUGGGCCUGCACGACAUGGCGCACCCGAUGGAGGAGGUGCAGAAUGUGGAAGACCAGCACCUGCUGCUGCACGACCAGACUGUGAUCCGCAAAGGCCCCAUUUCAAUGACCAAGAACCCCCUGAGCCUGCCGUGCCAGAAGGAGCUGGUGGGGGCCGUGAUGAACCCCAGCGAGGUGUUCUGCUCGGUCCCGGGGAGGCUGUCCCUGCUCAGCUCCACAUCCAAGUACAAGGUGACCGUGGCUGAGGUGCAACGGCGACUGUCGCCGCCGGAAUGUCUCAAUGCCUCCUUGCUGGGAGGCGUGCUCCGAAGAGCCAAGUCUAAAAAUGGAGGCCGGUCGCUGCGGGAGAAGCUGGACAAGAUCGGGCUGAACCUCCCUGCUGGCCGCCGGAAGGCCGCCCACGUGACUCUGCUCACGUCCCUGGUGGAAGGUGAGGCCGUUCACUUGGCUCGCGACUUCGCGUACGUCUGCGAGGCUGAAUUUCCUAGCAAGCCGGUGGCGGAGUAUUUAACCAGACCUCACCUGGGUGGACGCAACGAGAUGGCUGCCAGGAAGAACAUGCUGUUGGCGGCGCAGCAGGUGUGUAAGGAGUUCACGGACCUUCUCAACCAGGACCGCACGCCCAACGGCAACAGCAGGCCCACCCCGGUGCUGGAGAGCAGCAUCCAGAACUGCUUGUCGCACUUCAGCCUCAUCACGCACGGCUUUGGCAGCCAGGCCAUCUGCGCCGCCGUGGCCGCCGUCCAGAACUAUAUCAAGGAGGCCCUGAUCACCAUAGACAAGUCCUAUCUGAACCCCGGCGACCAGAGUCCAGCUGACAGUAACAAAGCCCUGGAGAAGAUGGAGAAGCACAGGAAAUAG